UUCACUAAUUUUUCCGAUUUAUGAACUUGACUCACAGACAGAGAUCUGCCAGAAAUCUCCAGUAAACUUUAACAUCAGUAACUUACAACAAUACAAAAGUCCUUGAACUACAAGUCUUCCCUUAUUCGAGUCUUCAAUCUUGAAUAACCAAAUUUUCUCUCUCCUCCCCAUCAAUGGCGGUUCAGUGGGCUCUAGUCUGCCAUGGCAUAAUCACAACCUUAGUAAUAGUCUCCUUUUUAUGUGGGCAAUGGCCAAUUUUUCAGGGUACUUUCAUCGAACGCAUUCACAAUUUCAUCACUUUUGGCGCCUACGAUUACUUCCUGAGAUUUGUGGGAUGGGUUUGUGGAGAUCGAGGUAUGAAUGCAGUUCUAUCAGUCGAGUACUACUGUUGCUAUCGUUCUAACCCUACUUUGCAGAUUUUUUACCUUGCAAUACUUUCAACAACAUACUACUUUAUUGUGACAUCUUCGUUUGUUUACAUCCCUAAUUAUUAUUUGGGUGAAAUUCAUAGGUAUAUAAGCAUAUUGGCUGUCAGUGUAGGUGUUGUAUUAUUCUUGUUAACCAGCUUUUCAGAUCCUGGAACUGUGACUGAGAAGAAUGUAUCCCAGUAUAUCUCUGCGUAUCCCUAUGAUGAUGUCAUAUAUUCAGAAAAAGAAUGUUCAACUUGCAAAAUUUGGAAACCUGCAAGAUCCAAGCACUGCAGUGUGUGCGAUCGCUGUGUGGCACGCUUUGAUCAUCACUGUGGAUGGAUGAAUAACUGUAUUGGAGAAAGAAACACUAGGUACUUCAUGGCUUUUCUUUGUUGGCAUUUCUUUCUUUGCCUAUAUGGAGCCAUUGCUAUAAUUUUUAUUCUGGCUAGUCGGUUGAAGGAAAUGAGGAUAAUUCAUAUUCUGACAGUCUACUAUGGUGUUGAAAAUUCAAUCCGAGGGUUAGCUCCUCAUCUUGCACAGUGGUUGUUGAGCUCCUAUAACACUCAAAUACUUCUGAUGGUGUUUCUUGCCAUUGUCUCUUUGCUAAUGGCUGCUUUCUUCGGCUACCAUGCAAAACUGUGUUUUACAAAUACCACUACAAAUGAGACAUACAAGUGGCAGGAUCAUAUAAGCCUGCAGAGGAAGAUAAAUGAAGCAAAAGUCGGUGCCGCGGCCCUGAAGGCAAGUAUUAGUGGGCUUAACUCUGAAAGCAAGCCUCCUGAGAGCAAAUGGAAAUCCUAUUUCAGAAGGUCGCCUUUGAGAGAUGCAGAGGCAGUGGUAACGAAAAAUAUUUAUGACAAAGGAGUUGUUCAUAAUCUUUGUGAGAUUGUCUUCCCCUAUUCUACAAGAUCCUCAUUCGUGCAAGCUAAAGAAAAGUCUGGUUAGAGGAAGAUAUUUACAUUGUUGUAUAAUUUAUAGCAGUUUUGGAAUUUGAUAUGCGCUUCAGGGCUUCAACGUGGGAUGUAGUUUAAAGGACGGGAAAGGGUUGGGAGCUUAGCGAUGCUCAUUUGAGUCAUGUCCUUGUGCGUAUACAUUUAUCGUUAUAGGAGUUAGUUUGUUUGGACAUGUGGUGAUACUUUUGGACCACAAUGUAUUAGCUAGUCUGUUAUAGGACCUAUACGUUUAUUCUUUGCCGAUAAGGCGUGUAAAUUUAUGUUGAAGAAGAGCAAAAAUAGGGAAUGUUGGAUUAGUGUUUAUCUUUGCUUACUAUGACCUAUGUAACGUUUAGAUAUUACAGAGUAGAAUUUACACACUUACGAAAGUUUAGUACUCUUAAAUUCUUUUGCUGAUGAAGUGAUGAUAUACAUGUACUAUCUUUGUUUUCUUUUACUAGUAUAUUCUUUUGCUGAUUUAUAUUUGUACUCUCUCCAUUUUCUUCUAAAUUCUUUUGCAGAUAUACAUGUACUAAACUUCGAAUCCACCUCUUAGACUCCAAAAAUUUUAUUAACUUAUUUAUUUAAUUUAAUUAAUAUUUUUAAUAUUUGAAAAAUUACACUUAAAACGGCUUCAAAUGUGAUUAGCCAAACCAAGCCACAAAUUACUUAGAUUCACCCACAUUUUAGAGUUAAUCAACUUAUUUAUCCUUUAAGGCUUUGGCUCUCUUACUCCCUUCCAACUUUCCAAGUUCUAAUACCAAAAACCCGUCAAAAAAAAAAAACAAAAAAAAAAGGUUU